CCUCGCCUCACCAACCAUCAAAGCAGCUGCUGCAGUGCCCAAAUUUUUCCCUCUUUUUCGAUUUUCCACCACCACUUUUUCACAACCAUCUUGUGGAUUUCAAGGAGGAAAACGUCUCUCACUGACGGGCACCUCCAUUCACGUCUUCUCUCAUAUUCUCCACCCGAGAAGCAGAGAUUUACGACCCACCUCACCCUGCCCCUCUCUCAGACCUGACAGAGCAGAGCAGAGGUAAUACCUUACCCCCCUCCCAAGACAGUUUGUUGUGGGCUCUCUCCAGCAGAUCCGGCAAAGUCGCUCUCUUGUCGCCUCGAACUUUUUCGGUUGCGACAACCCACCUCCCACUUCCCUCCACCACACUCUUUCACGAUAGAGUUUGCCUUGCCCUGCACGCCCAACCACCCGACUCUUCGAGUGUGAAAGCGACUGCACGCAACUUUAAGCCAACGGCAACUCCACACUGUCUAUCUGACUUUUGGAGCGACUGGUUUUUCUUUUUCGCCGGGACUUUUUUUUCGUCUUCUGCGCAGCAGCAAACGUCGUCGGAUUUGAUAUCUCGACCCUAGUCUCACACCACCACACCUCCCCCGCAAUCAACCCGAUACAACAAACCGCGCACCUCGAGAAGAACAGAGCUUUCGAGCAACCGAUUUCUUAAUGACUUCUACUGCGAGUCAAUCCAACCAAACGCCGGCUACUUCCAACACCGCUCCCGUAGCUGCCCCGUCGUAUGCUUCCGCAGCCGGUGCGAACAAGAAGCCGACCUCAACCCCGUUGAUUGCGACGGGUUCUCACCCGCCCGUGGUGGCUGGCUCGACUGUCCCUCCUAAUGGAAAGUCCGCAAAUGUCCAGCCGGUAAACGGCAGACAGAACAUUACCCCCGCCAUGCCUGUCGCUCGCGGAACCACCAUUGCCAACGGCAGUGUUGCUGAUCACACCCGGAAGCCCUCCGUCACCAUCAGUGCCAACGCCCCGGCCGGCCAUCUUGCCAACGGUGGUCCCGUCGGUGGCCCGAUCCCCAAGUUCGGCUUUGAGUCGCCAGCCAUUGCUCACAGCACUCCCCAGCCUGCUGGAGCGACACCUAUCCCGAUUCCGGGUGGUGCCAACCCAAGAGUGGCGUCUCCUGCUCACUCCCCAUCGCCCAUUCCCCAGAGCCACCAGAGUGGUGGUGGGCUUGCCCAACGUGCCGGUGCCCCAGCUCAGGGUCCUGUCUUUGGCAGCUUCCCCGGCGACGCUGAUCGUCACAUGAAGCAGCACGGUGCCGCUAUGGCUCAGAGCCCGCAUGUUCGACGGGACUCCCAGGCUUCGGCCCAUGGUGAGCACGGCGGCCCUGGUCACGGUCGUGGCAACUUCCAAGGUGGUCGCGGUGGACGUGGCAGCUUCAGCCACGGCCAUAACUUCAACAACAACCCCAACAUGGGGUUUCCCCCAAACAACCGGAACUUCUCUGGUCCCAACGCUGGACAUGCCGGUCGUGGAAUGCCUGCGUACCGGGGCGGCUACCCUGCCUCUCCCCAACCUCAUCGUGCUAGCCCUGCUGGCACUCCCACCAUGGCCCACGGAACUCCAGUAAUGCAGCCGAACACUAUGCAACCUGUUCCGCCCAACUAUUACCCGCCCGCCAUGAACAUGUAUCAACAACCAAUGAGCGCGCCGUACAUGGAUCCCUAUCGGGCUCCUCCUUUCCAGCCAUACAUGGGCCAGGGAAACCCAUACCUCCCUCCGGCCGGUGGCUUCAACCCAGGACAGCCAAACUUUGUGCCACAAGCGCCCUACCAGCCUCCUUCGGGUGCCCCUCCUAUGUCCCGUAAUGCUUCACAGAUUUCAGAUCGUCCAGCCUCGAGCACUGGCCCUGCCCCAGCUCCUCCCUCGACCCAAGGCACCCCCCAGCCACGAGCCGCCGCUGCGCCUGCGAUUGUCAGCUCGACAUUUGCUCGUCCCAAGAAGGGUGGCAUUGUAAUCAAGGACCCCAACGGUAAUGUUCUCGACAUCAACUCUAUAAAGGCUCCUCCCUCUCCCGCCCCACCGGUUACGCAGCAGUCUAAGACGCCUCCCGUAAUCGCUUCCACACCAACUCCGCCCCCCAAGUCGGCGACUCCAUCUCACGUGCGCAAUGAAAGCGCUUCUAGCAAGACAAUCGAGCAGGUUAGAAAUGAGUUCAAGAACAAGGUAAUGGGUUCCACCAUCACGCCUGCCGAGUCCAAGGCGAAGGACGACGAAGCUGCUGCCAAGGCUGCUGCGGACAAGGCCGCCGCUGAACAAGCUGCUGCUGAGGCGGAGGCUAAAGCUGCCGCCGAGAAGAAGGCUGCUGAGGAGCAAAAGGCUGCUGAGGAGCAAAAGGCUGCUGAGGAGCAAAAGGCUGCUGAGGAGAAGAAGGCUGCUGCCGAAAAGGCUGCUGCCGAAAAGGCCGCCGAGGAGGAGCGCCUCGCCGCUGAGAAGAAGGCUGCCGAAGAGGGUGAGGAAAAGAAGAAGGCGGAAGCCGAAGCCGAGACAGGGGCUGCCAAGAAGCCAGCAACGGAGGAGGAGAAGAAGGAGACUGAGGAGGAAUACAUGGAGCGCAUGAUUCGGGAGAUGGAGGAAGAGGAUGCGAAGCGUGAAGCCGAACAAGCCGCGAUCACCGCCAAGAAGGAAGCCGAAAAGGCAGCCCAGAAGGCCCUUGAAGAAGCCAAAAAGGCGGCUGAGAAUACCCCAGAAGCUCUCAGAGCCAAGGAACGCGAGAUGGAGAUCCUAGAGGAGCGGAGGGAGCAGGAGCGGGCCAAGGGCGGCUCCUCCAGUGUGGCUGAAUUGCUCAGCAAGGACUUGAAAGAGCUUGCCAUCAGCGAAAAGCCAGCUGCCGCGGCUCCCCCAGCCAUCAAGACUGGCGCAGACAAACCCAAGGGCAAGCCUGCCGCUCUGAACCUGGCGCCCCUCAAGACUGCCCAGGUCGAGGCCCCUCAGCCAAGUGCCGCGCUGCAGUCCCUUCGUUCCGCCCGCUUCCUCCCAGGCGUGAAGUUGGACAUUUAUCCCGAGGGUGUCCGCUCACCCAAUCCUGCUCUGAACGCUGCGGUGUCAAAGAAGGGCAAGGUCUUCAAAUACGACGCUGCUUUUUUGCUGCAAUUCAAGCAGGUGUUCACUGAGCAGCCUUCUAUGGAGUUCCACCAACAGGUCAAGACUUUGAUUGGCGACUCGGAUCGUUCGGCCUCGGCCCGCACCCCGGGUGGCGGCUCCGGCCGUCAAGGUUCCCGCGCUGGUGCGUCGUCCGCUUUCCCUUCAGGUGGAGCCAUGGGCCAGUUUGGCGCCAAACCACUUCCUCCUGGUACGACCUCGGAGCAACGGUUUGCCAUGUCACAAGGCAGUCUGGGAGGAAGACCCCCCAUGGGCACUAUGGGCGGCUUUGGCCGUGGUGGUUUCCCUACGAGCAUGAGCCGGAACCCUUCAGCUGCUGGAGGCUUGCCCUCUCCCCGCACCGGUAGCAGACGCGGAGGCAGCAAGAGAGAAGGGAACUUUAACAACGCAAAGGCCGAGGCCCAAGCUGCGAAGACUAUGCCCCUUACUGCAGGCAUGGAGCUCAAGCCCAUUCAAGUCUCGGCGACGGGCUGGAAACCGACCAGCAUCAACAAGCCUCAAGACCCGACCGCCGUGGCUCAAAAUGGCCACAUGGAUCCCGAAAUGGUGCAGCGCAAGGUCAAGGCUGCCCUGAACAAGAUGACUCCUGAGAAAUUCGACAAGAUUGCCGAUCAAAUCCUCACCAUCGCCGCGCAAUCCAAGAACGAGCAGGACGGUCGGACACUUCGCCAAGUCAUUCAGCUCACCUUCGAGAAGGCGACAGACGAAGCCCACUGGGCCUCCAUGUAUGCCAAGUUCUGCAAGCGCAUGCUCGAGUCGAUGAGCCCCGAGAUCCGCGAUGAGACUGUCACGGACAAGCAGGGCAACGUUAUCAGCGGUGGUCCCCUUUUCCGCAAAUAUCUCCUCAACCGCUGCCAGACUGAGUUCGAGCGAGGAUGGAAGUCUAACCUGCCUCCUCCUCCUGAGGUCAAGGAGGGCGAUGAGAAGAAGACUGCCGAGGCGGCCAUGCUCUCAGACGAAUACUACAUUGCUGCGGCUGCCAAGCGUCGCGGUCUCGGUCUCGUCCAGUUCAUUGGUGAGCUCUUCAAGCUGGGUAUGCUGACAGAGCGCAUCAUGCACGAGUGUGUUCGCAAGUUGCUCGAGUACCAGGAUCUCCCUGAUGAAGCUGAGAUUGAAUCUCUCACCAAGCUGCUCAGAACGAUUGGUGGCACUCUGGAUAGCACUGAGAAGGGCCGACCUAUGAUGGAUGCCUAUUUCCAGCGCAUCGAUUCCAUGAUGAAUCUGCCGACUCUUCCCAGUCGUCUCAAGUUCAUGCUCAUGGACAUUGUGGACUUGCGCCGCAGUGGCUGGCACUCCAAGGAGCAGAACAAGGGCCCCAAGACCCUCGAGGAAGUCCGCGCCGAGGCCGAAGCUGCUGCUGCGCAAAAGGCAGCGGAAAAUGCCCGCACCAACCAGCGCGGUGCCCCUGGUGGUCGCCCCAUGGGUGGUCGUCAAGAUUCGAGAAACUUCUCGUACGCUAAUGCGGCUCCAAACACGGUGGCUAGCGACGAUCUCCGUCGUCUGAAGGGCUCAUCCAACCGCAGCUCCAGCCAGAACAUGGCUUCAUUCGGCCCGACCUCGAUGUUCAACUCUAGAAGCAAUAGCGGUAGACGUAUGGGAGGACCCGGUGGUGCUUUUGGGCGUACCGGAGAGGAUUCCGGUGUCUCCUCACGCACCGGGACACCCCCAGUUUCGCAGCGCGACUCGGUUGGCCACGCCAAUGCAUUUGCACUUCUUGCUGAGGCUGAUCACCCCGGUUCGCCUCCAUCAGCGCACGCGUCGCCCGCUCUCCCCAAGGCGUCGCUCGACUCGACUGUCACCUCGGACAAGAAGGAGUAAAGGGUCUUUUCAUUGCAUCAGUCUCGCAUUCAUGAAGAGUAUGCAUAGACUCGGCGGUUAGUUCAUUUGCAUUUGCGACGGGGGCCUUCAAAACGGUUUUUUUUUUCACCAAAAGUUUGUGAUACCUCAAAUAGAGUCUUCUUGUCAUCGGGGAGAAGACAACAAUCCGCCACGAAGAAGGGAAUGAGAUCUUUUUUACCAACGGAGUUACGGACAUAGGAGGAGGGCAAGUACCCGGUUUGUUGUCAACAGCUUAUUUGCUUUUCCAGGCGUUUUUUCUUCCCGACAUCACCCUUCUUUUUUCAUGUCGAGUAUUGGUACGAUGCCUUAUCAAAAGUCGUUUUGUUCAUCACCAUCGUCGUACUCCUUUGACUUUCUUCGUUGUUUACGGGGCAUUCCAAGGUCUCGACUUGGGAUUCUCGUGUCCCUUGAGGACUGUUCUUCACUCUUACGACACAUCACUGCUGGCAGACUUUGGGGGCAAGGUUGGCUGGCAAGGGUUCUCUGUUGUUGGAAGGGGGGAAGGGCCGGGAAGGUGACUUGACGACGAAGAUGAGCGGAUGGAGGUUAAAUAUGGCAGGGAUGAUGGAAAAGCGGAUGGAUGUUUCGCUGGCCGGCAAAGGAAGAUAGAGAGUGGGAGGGGAAAUAGUUUCUUACUCUCUUCUUGUUUCUAUAUCUGGUAGUUGCUGUUGCCGAGGGUUAAACUCGUCUCUUUUCUUUUCUACUUGGAUUCGUCUCUUAUGUCUGCUGCUGUUUUCCUUGUGCUGUUCUCUUGAUUUCGCUCUGGUUGUUAUUUGGGGUUUGUUACCUCACCGACAGAUUUUAUAUGUUCAGAUUUAUGCACACAGGUGUAUUUGUUGCUCGUUGAGUGCUGUUGCUGUCAUCUUACUCUUCUACCCCAUCUUGUUGAUUUGCUAGGUUGUGUGGUGUUGGGGGCAUCAAUCGAAAUAUUGCUUUAAACUUUCUUCUCGAUGUUUUCUUUCCGUGAUUACUCAUGUGCGCUUUGUGAAAGAUUGCAAGAUAGAUAGAUAUGUGGCCCAUGGAGGAAGGUUUGGACGAUCCUAUGGGAGGGGGAUAUAGAAUAUGUCUCUUGGGGGAUGACUUAAUAGCUAAUGGGCGGGAAAGAGGUGGAGUUAGUAGACGAGUCGACAAAAUGAAAAUUAAAAAAUCGUUACGGAAAUAG